CCCGCAGCGGUGGCAGGAUCCGCGGGCGCUAGGGCCCCGCGGAGAUCAGGCGGUGGGCGGGCCGAGGGCGGUGCGCGCGCAGCCGCAGACCUCGGCCCGAUGGAGCCCGAGCCCGCCGAGGUGGAGGUUCCCGCCGGGCGCGUGCUCAGUGCCCGGGAGCUCCUCGCCGCCCGCUCGCGGUCCCAGAAGCUGCCUCCGCGCUCGCAUGGGCCCAAGGACUUCCUCCCCGACGGCUCGGUGGCCCAGGCCGAGAGGCUGCGCCAGUGCCGCGAGGAGCUGUGGCAGCUGCUGGCGGAGGAGCGCGUGGAGCGCCUGGGCAGUUUGGUGGCUGCCGAGUGGAGACCGGAAGAGGGCUUCGUGGAAUUGAAGUCUCCAGCGGGUAAAUUCUGGCAGACCAUGGGCUUCUCAGAGCAGGGCCGGCAGCGGCUUCACCCCGAAGAGGCCUUAUAUCUGCUGGAGUGUGGCUCCAUCCAGCUUUUCCACCAAGACCUGCCACUGUCUAUUCAGGAGGCCUACCAGCUACUGCUGAGUGAGGACACCAUGACUUUCCUGCAAUACCAGGUCUUCAGCCACCUGAAGAGACUGGGCUAUGUGGUUCGACGAUUCCAACCAAGCUCCAUCCUGUCCCCUUAUGAGAGACAGCUGAACUUGGAUGGCAGUGCCCUGUGCUUGGAGGAUCGGAAUGGCAAGAGGAAGAGGAGGAGCUCCAGCUCUCGGUCCAUUAAUAAGAAGGCCAAGGCCCUGGAGAAUCCCCUACAGGGGGUGGAUGAGACAACUGAGAGCCUGACAACCUCCAGCCCACCUCCCUGCAACCAGAACAGCCGAUGCCCAGAGGAGAAACCUCAAGAGUCAAGCCCUGUAAAGGGUCCAACGGGUCCCUCUCUGCUUUUGGGAGCCCUGGAGCCCUGGCCUGGACUGGCCAACGAGGGGGGUGGGUGCAGCCAGCAGAGUGGCAAAGUAGAGAAUGGUGUCAAGGGGGUUCGUAAGCCACGCUGGAACUUUGAGCAGAUUUCCUUCCCCAACAUGGCUUCAGACAGCCGCCACACCCUCCUGCUGGCCCCAGCCCCAGAGCUGCUCCCAGCGAACGUCGCUGGGCGGGAGACAGAUGCUGAAUCCUGGUGCCAGAAGCUGAACCAAAGGAAGGAGAAGCUCUCCAGGCGAGAACGGGAGCAACAAGCAGAGGCCCAACGCUUCCGGGAAGAUGUAAACUUAGAUCCCGAGGUGCAGUGCUGCUCCAGCUGGCAGGAGUACAAGCAGCUGCUGCAGCGGAGGCACCUGCAGAAGAGCCAGAGCCGCCCCGCACACCUGUGGGACCAGCCGGUCCACCCCUUGCUGAGUCCUGGCCAGGCAGACUCCCCAGCCACAGUGCUUCAACAGAUCUCUGUGCUGCAGACCACACACCUCGCCGAUGGAGGUACAUGGUUGCUGGAGAAGUCUGGAGGCUUGGAGAUCAGCUUUGACAUUUACCAGGCUGAUGCUGUGGCCACAUUCCGAAAGAAUAACCCUGGCAAGCCCUACGCCCGGAUGUGCAUUAGUGGAUUUGAUGAGCCAGUUCCAGAUCUCUGUACCCUCAAGCGGUUGUCCUACCAGAGUGGGGACGUUCCUCUGAUCUUUGCCCUGGUGGAUCAUGGAGACAUCUCCUUCUACAGCUUCAGGGAUUUCACGCUGCCCAGGGAUCUGGAACACUGAUCACACCACUCUGGCAGGGCUUGGGACCUGCCCUGGGGAACCUGGACUGUCUACUCUCAGGGACCAUCUCAGCUGCCUCCUAUACCCAGACGCUGACCUGUAGCUUCAGGAGCUAGUCUGGGCCUUGGCCCUGGGUGUCUGAUGCUUGCAGGAGAAAGAUGCCAUGCCCCCUACCUGGCUUCCAUAGCCCCAUGCCUGAGAUCGCCGCCUUGCAGUGAUCCCCUUGGAACUCAGGACUAGAUUUCAGAGACUCAGCGGGGUGGGGCAGAAGAGAGGACUCUGUGCCUUUAAAUGAGAGGGUGCCUGCUUCGUGCGGUAAAGCCAAAGCCAUUAAAAAAUAGAUCCAUUUUCUGCUGUGACUGGAGAUAGUGAACAAGUCCCCAGCCCGAUCCUGGGAGUGCAGAACAACACUCCCUCUCCCUCCAUCCUGUGGUCCGUGGGAGCAAUCCCCCAAGGCUCUCACCUCUGCUUUGCAGACCCACAGAGAGCGAGGGCUUCUCUGGUGCAGAAGCAAAGAGAAAUACUCAGGAGGGCAAGAAUGCCACCCGCACCUUUGUCAGGGCCUGCAACCAGGGGACGGGAAGUCACAGACCUAGUCUUUUCGGCUUACUGCAUGGCAGUCCGUAGAGGGAGGCUGGCCUCGAUGGGGCCUUCCCUGAAUGCAGGCACAUCUGGGCAGAAGGGCGGUGGAGAGGCACCAUAUCCAUGUGGCUUGAACCCUGGCGGCUUCGAGUCGUGCCGUGUGUGGAGCGUGCCAUUCGUGUCCCCGGCCUCUGCGCCCCUUCCGUUCGCCCCUCCUCGCUCCAACCCGCUCCCCCUUUGUGCUAAAAACUCUGGUCAAUGUUGCUGUCUGUCCCUUGGGGCAUCGGACACCGUCCUGCCUCAGCAGCAACUCAGAAGACGGGGGUCCAGGCUUGGGGCCCGCUCCGAGAGGAGGCGCCUCGCGGCGACACCCCAGUCCCCGGGCCA